GAUUAUAUUUCGUUCGUUUCAUUCUUCAGAUAUUACAUUUACCAGGUAGUCCUUUAAACCUACAGGCGACUUUUGCACUAUAUUAAGAGACAGUCAAUUGACUAUUGAACUGAUUUUUAGUUCAUUCAUUCAUUUCCCUACCCUUCCCGUUCGUUCCACCCUCAUAGUUGCUCAUUCUUUUUUCGUGCACGGCGACGAGCGCACGCGCCCUUUAGCUCCUCGGCUACGACAUUAUUACCUACAGAAAUGUCGAAGCGCACAGCUAAAGACAAGUUAAAAUAUUAUCGUGAAAAAAUUAAACGUCUUGAAGAUCAUAAAAGACGAUACCGGAUAAUUUACGAUUCGUCUUCAUCAGACGAUGAAGAUGUUGUAAUGGAACAAAAUCCAUGUGGUUCCAUACCGGCUCAGGAUCCUAUUAUACAGGAACCACAGUUAAACAUCGAAAAUGCCGUAAUACCGAAACAUAAUAAUGAUGUUCCGUUGCCGGACCAUAAUAACGGGGUUCCUGUACCUGAAAAUCAGGCAGAUUUGCCCAUGUCGUCAGCUCAACCCGAGCUCGACCCGGAUAUGCUGCUGGCUCUCGGGGAAUCUACCGAGGAUACCCCCGAGUAUGGCGAAAAAAUCCACGAUAAUUUAUCGAAACUUUGGUUACCGUUACUCAAAAAAGGUAUGACGAAUGAAACCAAAGAUAAAAUCAAAAAAGACUAUUUGGUUCCCGACAACUGUCGAUUGUUACAAGCACCAAAAUUAAACGUGGAGAUUUCAGCAGCCGUACCCGAUAUGGUCCGGAACCGAGACAAAAAUCUGGCUGCAACGCAGCAACAACUCGGCCACGGGAUCGCUGCCGUCAACAGGGCCAUGGAUAUUCUAAUUAAAUGCGUCGAUGCCAACGGAAUCGAAGCUAUGAAACACCUCAGCAACGGCUGCCGUAUUCUGUGUGACCUCCAUGCGUCAUCUACUCAGAGCCGCAUAAAACUCAUUACACCUAGUCUCGAUAAGACGUUCUUGCAAGUUAUUCAAGACACAGAACGUGAUGAUACCCUGUUUGGUAAUAAAUUGUCCGAAAAUAUUAAGGCAGCGAAGACCAUUGAAAAACAAGGUCUCCAAAUCAAGAAAACGUCCCCAAAGAGACCUGCGCCGGCACGGCCGUCGACAAGUCGAGCGUCGUACUCGGGAAACUGGUCAGCGCCCCCUCGUUAUGCGUCGAACAGGGGGGGGCGGAGAGGUGCUCGCAGGCAGACGAAUUACACCAGGCGGACGUUUCAUGUUCCACAGCCGGCCAAGACAACCCCCGCGACCAAGACACCUGCCCAGGCACCGUAACGCAGGUACAUGCCGGCCGAAUAAGUCAUUUUUAUAACUGUUGGUUAAAAAUAACAACGAACGACAUGGUUUUAGAGUGGGUCAGAUAUGGCUACUCAAUCCCAUUUAAUUCGGACGUAAAGCAAACAUUUGUUCCAUCAAACACGCUUGAACAAAGUGAAAUAGCUGAUAUGAAAUUAGCUAUACAAAAGCUGUUAGAUUUAGGAGCCAUAUCUGAGUGCCCUAAAGUCACAAACCAAUACAUAUCUAAGGUUUUUCUUGCCCCGAAACCUAACGGAGGAAAGCGUUUUAUCCUAAAUUUAAAAGGUCUCAAUAAAUUUAUUGCUCCCUGUCAUUUUAAGAUGGAGGAUUAUCGCACGGCCUCAAAACUCAUUCCUCAAAAUGGUUUUUUAGCCUCAAUAGAUUUAACAGAAGCAUAUCUACUUAUACCUAUAAAUAUAAAUGACAGAAAGUACUUGAGAUUUCAAUUUAAUAAUUUGACAUAUGAAUUUACAUCUAUGCCAUAUGGGUUAUCUGUAGCCCCUAGAGUAUUCACUAAGAUAAUGAAAGAAGUGGUAUCUAAUUUGAGAUCUCGAGGUCUCAAAUCUGUCAUUUAUUUGGACGACAUUCUGUGCAUAGGAGAUACCUUUCAAGAAUGUCUUAAUAAUGUUAAGGAAACCUUAAAGCUAUUACAAUGUUUAGGAUUUGUUAUCAAUUACGGUAAGAGUUCUUUACAUCCUGAACAGACUUGUAAAUUUUUAGGGUUUAACUUUCACACCCAAAAUUUGACCAUUGCCUUACCUAAGGAUAAACGAAAUAAAAUUGCACAAUUGGUUCGUAAAUUUCUAAGGCUGCCUAAAUGUACCAUUCGAGAGUUUUCACAACUCAUCGGAGUUUUAGUGUCAGCCUGCCCCGCUAUAAAAUAUGGUUGGGUUUAUACAAAAACCUUAGAAAGGCUAAAAUAUCUCGAGUUAUUAAAAAAUAACGAUAAUUUUGAUGCAAAAAUGAAACCUUCUAGUUCCAUAUUAGACGAUCUUAACUGGUGGU